CACCAGCGUCUCACGCGUCUCGGCUUCUCCUCCCCAGGCCCUGCGUCUUCCCAGGUGACCACGCCGGCUUCAGGACAUGCACGGGCACAGCCGCAACGGGCAGGCCCACGUGCCCCGGCGGAAACGCCGCAACCGCUUCGUCAAGAAGAACGGCCAAUGCAACGUCUACUUCGCCAACCUGAGCAACAAGUCGCAGCGCUACAUGGCGGACAUCUUCACCACGUGCGUGGACACGCGCUGGCGCUACAUGCUCAUGAUCUUCUCCGCGGCCUUCCUCGUCUCCUGGCUCUUCUUCGGCCUCCUCUUCUGGUGUAUCGCCUUCUUCCACGGCGACCUGGAGGCCGGCCCGGCGGCGGCGGCGGCGGGGGCGGCGGCGGCGGCGGCGGCGGCGGGGGGGGCCCCGCCGGGCGGUGGCGCGGCGGCCCCGGCGGCCCCCAAGCCCUGCAUCAUGCACGUGAACGGCUUCCUGGGCGCCUUCCUGUUCUCGGUGGAGACGCAGACGACCAUCGGCUACGGGUUCCGGUGCGUGACGGAGGAGUGCCCGCUGGCGGUCAUCGCCGUGGUGGUCCAGUCCAUCGUGGGCUGCGUCAUCGACUCCUUCAUGAUCGGCACCAUCAUGGCCAAGAUGGCCCGGCCCAAGAAGCGGGCGCAGACGCUGCUGUUCAGCCACCACGCGGUCAUCUCGGUGCGCGACGGCAAGCUGUGCCUGAUGUGGCGCGUGGGCAACCUGCGCAAGAGCCACAUCGUGGAGGCCCACGUGCGGGCCCAGCUCAUCAAGCCCUACAUGACCCAGGAGGGCGAGUACCUGCCGCUGGACCAGCGGGACCUCAACGUGGGCUACGACAUCGGCCUGGACCGCAUCUUCCUGGUGUCGCCCAUCAUCAUCGUCCACGAGAUCGACGAGGACAGCCCGCUCUACGGCAUGGGCAAGGAGGAGCUGGAGUCGGAGGACUUUGAGAUCGUGGUCAUCCUCGAGGGCAUGGUGGAGGCCACCGCCAUGACCACCCAGGCCCGCAGCUCCUACCUGGCCAGCGAGAUCCUGUGGGGCCACCGCUUCGAGCCCGUGGUCUUCGAGGAGAAGAGCCACUACAAGGUGGACUACUCGCGCUUCCACAAGACCUACGAGGUGGCCGGCACGCCCUGCUGCUCGGCCCGGGAGCUGCAGGAGAGCAAGAUCACCGUGCUGCCUGCCCCGCCGCCCCCGCCCAGUGCCUUCUGCUACGAGAACGAGCUGGCCCUCAUGAGCCAGGAGGAGGAGGUGAUGGAGGAGGAGGCCGCGGCCGCCGCGGCCGUGGCCGCAGGCCUGGGCCUGGAGGCGGGCUCCAAGGAGGAGGCGGGCAUCAUCCGAAUGCUGGAGUUUGGCAGCCACCUGGAUCUGGAACGCAUGCAAGCCACCCUCCCGCUGGACAACAUCUCCUACCGCAGGGAGUCCGCCAUCUGACCUCCAGGCCCCGCCCUCGUCACUUCCCACAGGAGCCUCUGCCCCGCCCCCCCCGGGGGGGAGGGGUGGGACGCCAGGACACGCCCCUCCACGCUCAGGACAGAGCCGACCCUGGCUCCGUGGACCUUCAGGAGGGAGAGUUGGAGGCACCGAAUCCACCUUCUGCCAUUUGUACCUGCAGGACAAGGAGGUGCGGUCCCUCCCCGUGAACCCCUCUCCCACCCCUCCCUGCCCGUCAAGCCUAGCCCCUUCCCCCUGCCCCGCUAGCUGGCUGGUCCCCAAAGCCAGCCAUCUUGGCCCCUGGAUGGUGUUGGGUUUGGGCGCAGAGGUGGGACCCCAAGGGGCAGGAUGAGGACCGUCCCCACCCCCACCCCCGUGGUCCCUCCAGGUCCCCGGGGUCCGGCCCAGAUC